GGCUCUGGACGGAGCCUGGGUCCGGGCCGGCGGCGAUGUCGGGGCGGCCACCGCUGGCCGAGAAAGCCCUCUCCGAGGCUUACGCUCGCCUCCGCUACAGGGACGCCUCGCUGCUCAUCUGGCGGCAGCAGCAGCAGCAGCUGGAGGCUUUGUCCCCGGGGAACUACCUGAGCCGGAGCCGCAGCGCCUGGUACUCGCAGUACGGCAACCAGGCCAUCCUGGUGCGGGACCGAAGCAAAGCUGAGGCCGCCAGAGACACCGGACAGUCCCGCUUCUGCGCCGUGAUGUAACGUAAUUUUACCGUGCGGAGAAAGCCCAGGGCCUGGUCAGCUUCUCCCCAGGAUUUAUGGACCCGCAGGGCGUGAUGUUUCCAACGAU